CGCGGAACCUCCGUGCGCGGCGUGAGGGGCCGGGCGGGCCCGGCAGUGCGGCGGCACGAUGAGCACGAAGCAGGUGACGUGCAGGUACUUCUUGCAGGGCGUGUGUCGGGAGGGCAGCAAGUGCCUCUUCUCCCAUGACCUGGCCACCAGCAAAUCCUCCACCAUCUGCAAGUACUACCAGAAGGGGCAGUGUGCCUACGGCUCCCGCUGCAGGUAUGACCACGUGAGGCUCCCUCCGGCGGGCGGAGCCGCGGCCCCGCCGCCCCCCGCGGCCCCGGGCAGCCCCCGGGCGCCCCCCGAGCCCGGCCCCGCCGCCCCGCGCAGCAGGAGGGAGAAGAGGACGCUGGUGCUGCGGGACAGAAACCUGUGCGGCUCCAGCGAGGAGAAGCAGCGGCCCAGCGCCCCCAGCGGCCCCGGGGCCGGGCCGUGCUGCGGCGGCCCUGGGGACGGCGAGGAGGGCAAGCCCCACUCGUACCUGGAGGCCAUCUGCAGCGGGCUGGAGGAGCCGGGGCCCGGCGGCUGCCCCGGGGCCGGGGAGCAGCUGUGUCCCUACGCCGCCGCCGGCACCUGCCACUUCGGGGAGCGCUGCCUCUACCUGCACGGGGAGCUCUGCGAGAUCUGCGGCCUCCAGGUGCUGCACCCCUUCGACCAGGAGCAGAGGAAGGCCCACGAGAUGAUGUGCAUGGCAACGUUUGAGCACGACAUGGAGACGGCCUUUGCCAUCCAGGCCAGCCAGGACAAGGUGUGCAGCAUCUGCAUGGAGGUGGUGUAUGAGAAGCCCUCAGCCUCGGAGAGGAGGUUUGGGAUCCUGUCCAACUGCACCCACACGUACUGCCUGUCCUGCAUCCGCCAGUGGAGAUGUGCCAAGCAGUUUGAGAACCCCAUCAUCAAGUCCUGCCCCGAGUGCCGGGUGAUCUCCGAGUUUGUCAUCCCCAGCGUGUACUGGGUGGAAGAGCAGGAGAAGAAAAAUGAGCUGAUUGAAGCGUUUAAGCAGGGAGUGGGGAAAAAGCCCUGCAAGUACUUUGAGCAGGGCAAAGGAACGUGUCCCUUCGGAGGGAAGUGUCUUUACCUCCACGCCUAUCCCGACGGGACCCGAGCAGAGCCUGAGAAACCCAGGAAGCAGCUCAGCUCCGAGGGCACAGUGCGGUUCUUCAACUCCGUGCGCCUGUGGGACUUUAUCGAGGACAGGGAGAGCAGGAGCGCGCCCGGCGCCGACGCCGAGGUCACGGAGCUGGGGGAGCUGUUCAUGCACCUCUCUGGGGCUGAGGAGGAUCCCAGUGCUGCCAGGGAGCACACACAGCCCCUCUGAGCCCAGCACUGCAGCUGCUUACUGGCCAUGCUUUUACUCUCUCCAGCACAGGCACAACUCCCCAGGGUGAGGUGACACUUGGCAUGGGGCAGUCAGAGCACCAGAACAUCACCUGUCCUCAGAGCCACCUCACUG